AGCGGUACGGCUAGCACGCACGAUGCUUUCUGCUAAACGACGAAAUGCGUAAUGUGGCGUGUUGUUUUUCCGAUAGCUGUAAAAACGUCUGCGGUGUCACAGAUCAUUUUGAGUGCUCUUUACUCAGAUUAACAGCCGUGCAGUGUUGCAAAUUCGAUGUAAUUUGUUAAAAUUUAAAUACGGCGUGACACUUUUGCACUCGCUCAAAAUCACGUUUAUACUUGUUUAGGUCCUUUGUUUUUAUUGUACUUGUUUUAAAAGCGGUUGUUCCUGUUGUUUGUGUUCGCAGAGUAUUAUACUUGGCGUCCAGUUUCUUUGUUCGUUCCAUAAUAUGAGUGAGGUGUAUCGCCGAGUCGAUUAAAUUUGAGGGUGAGCAACCGGCUUGUCACACAACUGAUCUGAAGUAAGGAGUACAUCAUGUCGAAGAACAGCAAAGAAAAAGAAAAGCCUCUAGAGAGAAUUAAGUCACUGUUUGGACUGGGCAAAGGAGGAUCAUCGUCGUCGUCUACUUCGUUUGCGAUUCCCAAAAUCGAAGAAUUACCAAUCACUGCAGAGAUUCUUAAGGAUAUCGGGAAAGAGAGCAGCACACAACAUCGCAUGAAAGCAAUCAAAGAUCUCAUAGAUGUCGUCCGUACCAAGCGCUUGGAAAAGAAUGCUCCAAAAACAUUGUACGUCAACACGUGUGACCUAUUAAACCCACGUGCUGGCACGGAAGUGCGCCACCUGGUUCUCGGUUUCUACUGUCAUCUCAUCCAGGGGCAGUACGAUCGACUCGAUGUGUCACGAGCCCACUUCUUCGACCUUAUUGUGGGACUUCAGAGUCCCGAGGACCUGCAAAAGAGGCUGGAUUUGUUCAAAGCCCUCACGGAUAAUGGGAAAAAUGUCAGCAACUUUGAAGUCUCAGCAGCGUUAUUCCUCUUGAAAUGGAUGCCUGACGUUCUCAACGCUGGAAAGGCAACGGAAUUUUUUUCUCUGCUCGUGAACGUAAUCAAGUUCAACUCUGCGUUUCUUGACAAAGACGUCGUUACGGGAAUUGUGCAUUACACGUGCAUCCUGUGUUGUCGAACAAAUUCAGAAAAUAGUGUUAAGCUCGGCCUCGAUGUCCUCGACAGCAUUGUUGGAUAUAGUACCAUAUCAUCCGAUAUCCUCCCACAUCUGGUUCCGACUGUGUGCCGUACGGUGGUGGUCGCUAACCUCUCAGAACCUAGCUAUCGGCUGAUGCACAAUCUCCAAGGAACGCAUCUGGGACACUCUGUCGUGGAGUUCCUCUGCCGGAUCCUGGAAGAUAGGAUCAACUAUAGAGACCACACGCUUCUCAAGGGUGCUAUGUUCUUUCUGGGAGCUGGCCUGUGGGGCUCUAAAGCAGUGGCAACAUUAAAGCACACACCGGCACAUGUCCUGCCAUCCAUUGAGAAGGCCCUGGACAGCAAACAUGCCGCCGUCGCCUAUGAAGCUGCUGUUGCGCUGCACUGGCUAAUGUAUAAUCGACAGGCACUUCUCACUGCUCACGUGUGCAAGUUUCUCCUGGAUGUCCUUGCAAAGCUCGUGUGCUUACCGGAGGUGCAACAUGCUACAAACAGCACACAACAGCUGAGAGACUUAGUUCUCGACCUGGUUGCACAAGCCGAGGCGAUGCACGACAAUGGAUCCUUUCAGGGUCCUGCCGACAAGCUCUUUGACAUUGUGGAAAAGUGUGUACAGUUUGCACCACAGGAAUCGUCUGUGCAACGUCUCAUACAAUAUCAAGCUCACAGAGUUCAGCUUCCCGCACACAACUGGGUCAGCAACUUGUCGCAGCUGGUAGAGCGGUAUUUCCAGGCGGAAACUUGCGGUCUCAUUCGUGAGAAGACUUUGGACGUUCUGUCAUUUGUUCUGAGCACUAACAGACACUUUUACGAGGAGGAGCUGCUAGAGAACGUUAUCCUUCCUCACUUUGGAUCACUGGAUUCAAUUUCUAACCCGGUGAUUGUCACAAAGGCGGUUCAACUCCUCACAGACUUCUUGCAAGACAGCGCGAGUGCACGUAAUGAAGAAGUGCUGGAAAUAGUGGGAAAAGUUCUGAACCAUCCAUCGUGGUCGACAAAGCCAGGAUCAGCCGAAGAGGUCCGAGUGAUCGAGACGACCGCUCAGGGGCUCAUAGAUGUCUUCAAAAAAAAGAUGAGGGUUGGACCUGAGAGCGCCAUUUUAGCCUACAAAUUGCUCACAGACCACUUGCUGCAACAGUACGGGCAACCAGAGCCUGUUGAUGACUUGGCACCUGUGAGGCUUGUGAUACUGAAUUUCUUGCUUUGUAUCCGUCUCGAUGAAGCUUGUCAGCUUGGAAUCAGUGACGAUGAUGGCGUUCAUUUCAGUCCACACCUUCUCCCUUCAACCAGAGAAAGCUUGAGCGAUAAAGCCAGUCAGGUUGCAUCAUCCCCAUCUGCAGGAAGUCCAGUUGUAGAACCAGCUCAGCUCAACGUUGCUUACAUGAACCUGGAAGAUGCAUUCAAGGCAGUGGUUGCAUGUGUCAAGCUGGAACGGGAAUGGACAGUUCUGUCAUCAGUGUUGCAGCAUUUGCCAGGUCUGAUGAAAGAUAGGGGCUUGGUGCUCUGCGGACAGUGCUCCAUAAAGAAGCUCUGCCUUGCCCUGUGUUCUCUUGUGGCCGACAAAGGCAAAAAGGCCUUCGAACAACUUCGUAGAGUCCCACCAGGGGUGGUUUCGUCUGACCUCAUAGUGCUGGUUUUCCCUGUCCUCGGAGUCCUAACUAUCUACCGUGGAGAACUGGACAGCUACGUUGUGAGAAUGUUCAUCAGCAGCCUAGAAGUGGGAUUGGUAUCUAAGUCUGCCUGUACCUGCAUUCGAGCUCUGAUGCUGGCAACACUGGAGAUGCCCGAUGCUAUGUACAAGCUGUUCCCUGAUGUCCUGCAGAAGUUGGCUCAAAUCUCUGCAACAGUGGCUGUUGCUGUGCCGCUUCUUGAGUACCUGUCAAAUGUUAUCAGAAUUCCUCAGCUGUAUGUCAGCUUUGUGGAAGAAGAAUACAGAAAAAUCUUCGCUAUUGCCCUGCCUUAUACAAACCCUGUCAAAUUCAAUCACUUCACUGUUGCGCUUGCUCUGCAUGUUAUUGCAAUGUGGUUUCUCAAGUGUCGUAUCACGUUUCGCAAAGACUUUGUGUCCUAUAUCAUCAAGAACUUGAGAUCAAAUCUGGACCUGCACCCUGAAGACUCUUCCCUGGAUGAGCUGGCACAACGAAAACGAAGUAGCAGUCUCAAUGAUCCUUCCUCUUCCUCUGGACAGCCACGAAGGAUCGAUCCUCGUCACUCAGUAGCGAGCGUAAACUACAGCCCCGGUGCAUCGUCUUCCAGCGACACCGCCCUGCUCCAGGAAGAAUUGCUGGAGAUGUUUGUUGACCUGAUGUCACAGUACUCCUUCGGCAUGUGCUCGUCAAACCCCAAACGGACACCAGCGUCUGAGCACAUGGUGAAGAACGGACGCUCCAUGACGUGGCUGGUGGGUCGGAAACUCGUUACUGUAACGACGAGCGGCUGCGGCAACCGUGCCUUCCGCGUCGGCAUGUGUGAACGCUGCUACCGCACUUGCCGCGACUCUGCAGAAGACGACGACGAUGGCGAGCAACUGGAGAAAGCUCAGCUUCGGCAACACGAAUAUUUGAACGACAAGCAAGGUAGGCGUAGGCAUCAGUCCGACUUUCAAGGAAGAUCUGUGGGACGUGCUGUACCAGGAAGAACCAAAGAUGACCUUAGUCUGCGUGAAGUCACUACGGAGCAGCAGAACAGCACUGCAAACACGGAGCCAGUCCUGCCACCUGCGGGAGAGCCCGGAAAAGUUCUAACGCACGUGUGCAGCUGCUGGUGCAUCGGCUGGGCCGAAAUAUUCGUAAGAAGUGCCACGGGCAAUGUAUCUUGGAUGAUAAGGCUGCAGAACAACAUGUUUUCCAAGACCUGCAAUCCAGACUUUCCACUUCCGGAUCUAACCUCCAUCUUCCAGCACCUUCAACUUGAGGGUGACGAGCCAGAGAGACCUCCAGUCUCGAGGUCAACGUCGCUCGAUUGCGGCCUUAGUGUACAAGAAGAGUCGAGAAGAGAUUCGACGACAUCGCACUCCAGCGAUGGCCUAGAUGGGGAACAAUCUAUCAACUACAGCAGUGCUGAAAACCUUUGCGUCACGAAGCGAUCGGCAUCGCCUCUUCGUCGGACAAACUCCAGUCCAGAGGUGCCGGGGCACUCUGCAUCCUCACCAACUACUCCCGUCGCUGCAGCAACUUCUCCACGAUCUUCGCACGUCAGUAUUGCCACUAUGUUGCCAACUUCGAGCGUAACGUCACGACCCCUGAGCCCAUCCGGCCACCCCGAAGAUGAACAGACGCGACUGUCUGCGCUCAGAAAGUCUCCUCGUAAAGAAGACCGGUAUGAAUCCAUACCCGAGGAGUCUCACUCCACGGCUCGUCUGCGGCCGCUCUCCAAAGCACAUCUGAAGCUCGACUUCUCCCAUACCAAGUUUUCGUCAGCCGCAGGGCCAGCAACUGCCGAAGUUGUCUUACGACCUCGACAGGCACUGAGUCCACCUGCACCCCGUAUGCGGAGUUCAAAUUUGAGAAGUGACGGAGCAUCGACGAAGCUUUCACGUGCCAGUUCAUUCCGAGACAGGGGACACACUGUCUCAGGAAUGAGCCCAGUUGCCCAGCAAGUUGCGCUUCCAAACGUCUCUUACAUAGACAUGUACAGGUGUGGCAUGAACCCAAACUUCGUAUUCCUCCACCUGUACAACAAUGCCUGGUUCAGCAAGCACGCUUCUGAACGCCCCAUUUUACUCCCAGAAUCCUUCGUUGAACGCUCUUUGACUGUGUUCGACUACCUGCCAACAUACGAGACGCACAAGAUUGGAGUCCUUUAUGUCGGACCGGGACAGGCAAAGGACUCGACCGCUAUCUUAUCUAACCACUGCGGGUCUCAGCGUUACACCAAGUUCAUACUCGGACUUGGUCGAACCAUCCGCCUGCGAGAGACUGACCCAAAAAUGACGUACGUCGGUGGCCUCGACUUUCAGGAAUCUGACGGGAACUAUGCAAUCAGCUGGCAGGAUGAUAUCAUGCAAGUUAUUUACCACGUUGCCACCUUGAUGCCAAACAGGGAGAAGGACAAAUUACGUAGCAACAAGAAAAGGCACAUUGGAAAUGACCUCGUCAUAAUCGUUUACAAUGAGAGUGGUCAAGAGUAUAGCCUCAACACUAUGGGAGAGUUCGCAAAUGCUUGCGUCAUCAUUGAACCUCGAGGUUUUGCAGUUAAUAUUGUUUCUUUAAAAGGAAAGCCAGAAGUAAUGGAGCUGUUGAAGCACAGUGAUGCUCAAAUUGUACCGGACAACAGUUUGUCUUUGUAUGUCAGACAGCUGGCUCUACAUGCCAAUAUUGCUGCCACAAUAGUGCACAAGGCCAAUUCAAAGCACGUCUAUGUGAACAACUGGCACGAACGUUUGCGUCACAUUAAACGUAUUCACGAGAGGUUAACGGCCGGAAAGGGCGAUGGUGACCGGUCGUCAGAAAUGAACAUGGCGGAAGACUUUAUGGCCUAUAUGUGAGUGACAGGUGCUGUUAGAUUGGACACAGCUUGGCUCUCUGGGGGAUUUGGAUGCUUUUUGUCUAUGAAACCAUCUCUAGCACCAGCCCAUGGAUGAGCCUGUAAAUUAAUUCCGGUAUAGAAAUUGCUUUUUUUACGAGCUUUUUAGGAACUGUGUUUCAACGCAAGUGCAAGGCAGGACGUGAUGUAUCAUACAACUGGAAUAAGUUGGAAUACAGUUGGAGUAAGUCAAAUAUUUAUAAAAGUAACGAAGUAAAGUUUUACAAAAUACGCUAAUGCUGUACAGAAGUGGUUGUUCCCCCGAAAAUAUGUUUGUGCCUCCUUAAAUUUGAAAAUACAAAUACAUGACUAUAAUGGUCAACUACAGUUAUUGCUGGGGGCCACAAAAUAAUGGAUCAAAAUUUGAAAUCAUCUAGUCAAUGAAAUUAUAAAUGAGAGUUGAGAUGUCAGAGUGCAUGUGUUUGGAAGCACAUACCUGCACAAAGUGUGUUUGUUACAUAUGAAAUGGAUGUUAGCAGGUGAAGUGUGCAUAUAUGAUGACAUGCCCCAAAUGUUCUUGUCAUUCGUGGUGAAACUGUACAGAUAGCUUUUGAAAGUGUAUAAUAAAGUGACCUGUAAAGAAUA